CGGCGUUGUCAGCUAAAAGAGGGCGCCUUCGAUUGACUCAGGCGUUUAGUUAUCAACUUUUGUUGUAUUUACAUGCCUGCCUCGUUUUUUAUAAACUUUGUAGUGGAUUUGUUUUCCACGCGAAAAACCCUUAUUUAAAUAGCAGUAGUUUUAGUGAGUGUUGUGUAUUCACUGUAUUGAAAUGUAAUUUUUAUUGGUUGUAAUGGCAUUUCAAUGCGAUGCGGAAUCCGGAGUUCAGUUUCUAUCCAGAUGUGGUGCCAAUUUGAGCCUUAAAGGGAUAGAUACGGUGAUAUUUGAAACUGGCCCCGAAUUAAAUGAUGUGAUUGAAAUUACUGGCGAUCCAUCGUGUGGAAAGACGUUACUUGUGACGAAGUUUUUAGUGAAAUGCGUAUUACCGAAAGAAUGGGGAAAAUUCCAUAUUGGCGGGCUGAAUGUUGGGGCUAUAUUGAUGGAUACAGACCAUCACUUUCAUUUGCUAAAACUUGUAAAUUUGAUGGAGCUACAUCUUAUGAAAUGUAGGACACACAGUGAAGAUGUUGAGGACAACAAAACAGUGUUAGAUUCGGCGACGGCGGAGAAAAUAAUCAAGGAAUCUCUAAGAAAACUUAUAAUUCUUAAAUGCUACGACAGUGCACAGUAUCAAAUUACAUUGCAUUCUUUAGAAAGACUGUUAAGUGUCAACCGAUAUGUUAGUCUGCUGGUGCUAGAUAGCAUAACGGCGUACUAUUGGCAGGAUGUAGCCCAGGGUGGCGUUCGUAAAAUGGAUCUUUACGUGAAGAAAAUGCUUCAGACGAUAAAGAAGUGCCUCAUGGAGUAUAAACUAGUGCUAAUGUAUACCAAGCAAACAUAUUUCCAAUCAACAAAAUCAUCUACAGACGUUCAUGAUGAUAAGACCACACCUACAUACAGAAUUCAUCUCCAGCAGUGUCAGGGCCAAUUGAAUAAUAAUCUAUUCUAUGCACAGAUUAGUGGACAAGGCAAAACAAAAUGUAUUUUGUAUAAAAUUGAUAACAGUGGUAUAACAUGGAAUCCGUAAAGCAGUCAUAGUCUUAUAUUAAAGUUGAGUUCUGAUACCAUCAAUUUACUAUUCUUCGUUUGCCAUUUGUCAGAAUAUAUUCAGCCAUGUUUUUUUACAGUGUAGCAAGUGUGAAUUAUCUGUAUGAUGUAUUAUAGUUAGUUUAUGAAUGAAAUUUAACUUCACAUCGUGAGUACUUCUUUUAUUAUGAUCUUGAAAGACCCCGGAUUGUCAAUUUUGAUAGCCAACACUUGGAAAAAUUUAUUUUUCUGUUUUAAGCAUAAUUUUUGUGAUAGUUGCACUAUGGGAGGAAGGGAAAAAAACGUUUCUUUUCGAGGUAUAGUUUUUGUAGGAGAGUAGAAAAUUUAAAGUUCUAAGGGAUGAAGCAGAAAGGAUGAGUCAUUUCUGGGAAAAAUUGUAGAAACAUUCUGGCAAUGGUAGGUCCUAAUCGGGUAAUAUGUAAGAAAGCAAUCCGAAUCCUUAAAGAUCAAAUUUUGAUGCCAUGAAAUUAGUUGAUGUGGAAGAUAAUGGUGGUAGAUAUGCAGGAAGAGCUUCUAGAGGAAGAUUACAUUUUAAUAAUAUUUCAACAAGCUGCUAGAUAUUGUGGAAUUCAAAGAACAAGGGAGAAGCCAGGAAUAUGUAGCAGAUGGACAGGUUAGUGAAAGAGAGGUACUGUUGGAAUGACUCAAAUACAUGUUGUGGACAAAGUCUCCUUUUGUGAUAUUGUAAAAUGCUUACAUUGGCAAAUAUAAACAAUUAGACCACUACA